AUGGCCUCGAGAGGUGGUGAGCUGCCGAGUUUCACCGUCGGCGACCAUGUCAAGUUCUUCGCAGCAGGAGCGCUCGCAGCCACAAGUACACAUGCGGCCGCUACACCGAUUGACGUGGUCAAGACGCGAAUCCAGGUCGAUGAUGCGAUGAAGGGCCUCAACAUGGUGCGGGCUACGCGUAGCAUUGUCGCAAAGGAGGGGGCAGCGGCGCUGCUGACGGGUUUCGGCCCAACUGCCGUGGGCUACCUUGUCCAGGGCGGUGCCAAGUUUGCCGGCUACGAAUUCUUCAAGAAGCAGUACAUCGCACUUGGUGGCGGCCCAGAGAAAGCCGUCAACCAUCGCAUGGGAAUCUACCUCGGCGCUAGCGCUACGGCGGAGCUGUUGGCCGACAUCUUCCUCUGCCCGCUGGAAGCCACCCGAAUCCGCUUGGUGUCCCAGCGCGGGUAUGCGGCUGGUCUUGCGUCGGGCUUCACCAAGAUGGCCCGUCAAGAAGGCCUUGCCGGCUUCUACUCGGGAUUCGUGCCCCUCCUGUUCAAGCAGGUUCCCUUUGCGGUCGGGCAAUUCUCUGCUCACGAGGCGGUCAACGAGAUGCUCUAUCGAGCCAUGGGCCCGGAACGAAAAGCCAAGCUGAGCAGUCUGGAGUCGACUGGCGUGGAGCUUACGUCCGGGCUGGCUGCUGGUGCGGCAGCAGCAGUCUUGUCUCACCCUGCAGAUACGCUCUUGUCGGCAAUCAACAAGGGGGCUGGCGACAAGAACCAGAGCGCCACCAGUCGCAUGUUUCAACUUGCGGCCGAGUUUGGUCCCAGGAGGCUAUUGUUGACUGGCCUGGGACCUCGUCUGGUCAUGACGUGCGCGUUGGUGUCUGGGCAGUUUGUCUUGUACGCCAAAUGCAAGGAGCUGACAGGUGCACCCGCGAGCAUUGAGAUUCACAAGGAGCAGGCACUGUGA